AAUGAUAAUAGGUAGGGUGAAUCUAGGCGUACAUGGAGUAGAGGUGAGGAAGAAGCUUUGCUGGUUCUUUUAGAUGAAGCUGUAGCUAGUGGGCAACGUUGUGACAUGGGAGCAUUUAAACCUGGUACACUUAAUAUGAUUGAGCGGCAACUGGCUGAAAUGUGUCCUAACUCGGGAUUACCGAGCAACUCCACAUAUUGAAUCGAAGCUAAAAAAGUGGAAGAAGCAAUAUGGCAUCAUAUACGACAUGCUGAACAAAAGUGGAUUUGGAUGGAAUGACACUCUUAAAUGUGUGGAGAUUGACAGUGACGAUGCUUGGAAAGCAUAUGUGCAGAGUAAUCCAAGUGCAAAAAGUUGGAGAGAUAAACCUUUUUCGAUAUAUAAGAGGCUUGCUAAUAUUUUUGGGAAGGAUCGGGCAACAGGACAUGGAGCACAAACUCCAAUUGAUUUAGUUAAUGAUAUCAAUAUGGAGCCUGACAAUGACCAAUUUGAUGAUGUGGGUUCUCCAAUGUCUAUGAAUCAAACACAUAGUCAACUGCCCACACAAUCCCAAUUAAGAGGUAAGAGGAAAGCUCAAUCGAAGGAUGUUGACAUCGUUAGCGGGUUAAACAAUGUAGCAGAUAAGUUUAUUGAUAAAUUGGCUACACAGUUAGACAAGUUGGAGAAGUCUGAUAUCAACUAUCCACAAUACUUAGCUAUGGAGUUUGACAGGUUAGGAUUCCCUAUUACUGACAAUCUCAAAAUCUCUAAGGCAAUGAGAUCGGAUCCAUCGAACGUUGAGGUUUUCAAGAUUAUUAAAACCGAUGCGCAGAAGAUUGAAUUUGCUCGUGGAUUUUUGGAUAACUAAAUUAGUAUUGUUGUGGAUUAUAUAUUUAUGGAUAUGUAUGAGAGGAUGACAACUAUGAACAUUUGGAAUUGAAACUUAUGGACAUAUAUUGUAACGUAUUGAAUGUUGGUUUCUAAUUAUGCAUGUACGGAUAAUUUUAUUAUUAUGUGUUAUGUUUUAGAAUAUUAACAUGCACUUUA